CGAACAAUGGCAGCAGGAAAUCACUCCACAGUGAAGGAGUUCAUCCUGGCUGGGCUCUCAGAACAGCCAGAGCUCCAGAUGCCCCUCUUCCUCCUCUUCCUGGGAAUAUACUCGGUCACCGUGGUCGGCAACAUGGGCAUGAUCAUAUUGAUUGGGCUCAGCUCUCACCUGCACACUCCCAUGUACUAUUUCCUCUGCAGUCUGUCCUUCAUUGACCUCUGCCAAUCCACUGUCAUUAUCCCUAAAAUGCUGGUCAACUUUGUGGCAGAGCAAAACAUCAUCUCCUAUCCAGAAUGCAUGACUCAGCUCUACUUCUUCCUGGUUUUUGCUAAUGCAGAGUGUUACAUGCUGGGUGCAAUGGCAUAUGACCGCUAUGUUGCCAUCUGUAACCCCUUGCUUUACAGUGUCAGCAUGUCUCAUCAGGUCUGUGUUUCCCUGAUUCUAGGAGUGUACACUAUAGGUGUGAUUUAUGCAGCAAUUCACACAGGCUACAUGCUUAAAGUUUAUUUUUGCCAUCUCGAUGUGAUCAACCAUUACUUCUGUGAUCUUCUCCCACUCCUACAGCUUUCCUGUUCCAGUACCUUUAUCAAUGAAUUAUUGAUCCUGUGUAUUGGUUCACUUAACGUUUUCAUCCCUAUCCUGGCCAUCCUUAGUUCCUACACCUUCAUCAUUGGCAGCAUCCUCCGUAUUCACUCCACUGAGGGCAAGGUCAAAGCCUUUAGCACUUGCAGCUCCCACAUAAUGACGGUUGUGAUCUUCUAUGGCUCUGCAGCAUUUAUGUACCUGCAGCCAUCAUCUGUCAACUCCAUGGACCAAAGCAAAGUGUCUUCUGUGUUUUAUACAAUUGUUGUGCCUAUGUUGAACCCCCUCAUUUACAGCCUUCGCAAUAAGGAUGUCAGUGUCGCUUUAAGGAAAAUAAUAAUGAAAGUAUUCUAA